UAACUGGCUUUUUGUUCACUAUCGCUGGCCGUAGUCGCUGGAGCGUUGACACUCGUCAGUGCUGUGUGUACACAGCCAGUUGUGUUAUUUCUUUAUUCAAACUUCAUUUACCAGCGUGGAAAUGUCUAGUGGAACACAACUGGAGAACGCAAACCCAGUGAUCUUCCAGCGGUCUGACGAGAGGUUGUUGACGGCCACAGACGAGGACGAGGAUGUCCAUGAUCCCAUCGAUGAUCGAGAAAUAUUUGAUAUGAUCAGAUCCAUCAAUGACCCAGAACACCCUCUCUCUCUGGAGGAGCUCAAUGUUGUCGAACAAGUCCGAGUCAAAGUCAAGGAUGCUGAGAGCACUGUGGAAGUAGAGUUCACACCGACGAUCCCGCACUGCAGCAUGGCGACUCUCAUUGGUCUGUCGAUAAAGGUCAAGCUGCUUCGCUCACUUCCAAACAGAUUUAAAAUCGAUGUCCACAUCACUCCUGGGACUCAUGCCUCAGAGGAAGCAGUGAACAAACAGCUUGCCGACAAAGAGAGAGUAGCAGCAGCUCUGGAGAACUCCUCUCUGCUGGAGGUGGUCAACCAGUGCCUGACUUCCAAGAGCAUGUGAACAAAAAUAUUUUUAAAUGUCAAGCCAGGUCCAGAUGAAACUGAAGCUUCAGUUCUCCACUGAUCGUGCUCUUCUCCACUGAUGCGCCAACCAUCACCUCUAAUGAGUGGAAUGCAGUACGUCCUUCAUUUUGUUGUCAUGGAGCUUGUCUAAUGAUGCAGAUGUUCAUUUUUCAAGUCAUGACAAUGAAUUAGUUUUCUGCCUUAAUGAGCGAUUGAAGGCUUGUUUUGUUCUUUUGAAGAAUGUGCAAAGUCUUUUACUUGAAUUAAAUGACAGUUUAAUAAUAAAAUCUA